CCGUAAGAAAGGUGGAGCUAUGAAGCACUUUCCGUAACUGAGUCAUGCAUUACCAAGUACAGUAGGUCGAGGCGCUUGCCUUUAGCACAGAAGCAUACUCCGUUUAUGUACGUCCGUUUUUACUGUGUGGGUGGGUCCAUGGUAAAAAGUAAUGUUAUUGUAGCCUAUCAUACGAAGGAACUAUGGAUGUACGACCAAGAUAGGUUGUCACAGCAGCGAUUGACUGCCAUAAUCGUAUCCUUUAUCAAUGGUCCACUUUAUGGGGAUGUACUCCGAUGCGCAAAACAUCAAAUCAGGAUUCCUCGAUGAGAUGUUUGAUGCUGGAACAUGGAAGGUGCGAAAUAUUUGGGAUGGGGUAAAGCUGGAGGUUGGCGAGGACGAAAGCCCGGUGGUCCUUCACAGUUUUACCCAUUUGGACCCUGACCUACCACUAUUUGAGAGCUCGACACAGGAGAUCGGAGAGGAGGUGGAGGAGGGGGCAGUCUUCACCAUCACCCUGAGGAAAGUGCAGCUGCACCAGUCGGCCAGUAAAGGGCAGCGAUGGCUGGGGGUGGAGACAGACUCUGCACUCAGCCUGUAUGAGACAUGUAAAGUACGCACCAUUAAGGCUGGUACGCUGGAGAGGCUGGUAGAAUACAUGGUGUCUGCGUUCAGGGGCAAGGACUCCACCUACGUCACCAUCUUCCUCUGCACCUACCGCUCCUUCGCCACCACCCAGCAGGUGCUGGGCCUCCUACUCAACAGGUAUGCCAAGUUUCAGAACCAGCCUGGUAUAGACUUACACAGACACACUCAGGAGGACCACACAGAGAUCAGACACAAUGUGUCAUCCAUCCUGGGGGCGUGGCUGGACCAGUACUCAGAGGACUUCUGGAGUCCUCCACAGUAUAGCUGUCUACACCACCUGAUGUCCUACCUGCACCAACACUUCCCUGGCUCUGACCUGGAGCGCCGUGCACUCAACCUGCUGGCCCUCUUCCACCGCAGGCAUCGGUGUGAGCCGGACCUUAACGUGGAGCAGGUUGGCUGUCCGUUCGCCACACAGGAAGAGAGUGUCUUUGAGGACGAGCUUCCUGCCCUGAACUUACUGUCCUUUGACCCCAUCAUGGUUGCUGAGCAGUUCACACUCAUGGAUGCGGAUCUGUUCAAGAAGGUGGUCCCCUACCACUGCCUGGGGGGCAUCUGGUCCCAGCGGGAUAAGAAGGGGAAGGAGCACCUGGCCCCCACCAUUCGGGCCACUGUGGCCCAGUUCAACAGUGUCACCAACUGUGUCAUCACCACCUGCCUCAGCAACCCCUGUCUGAAGCCCACCCAGCGGGCCAGACUGGUGGAGCGCUGGAUAGAGGUGGCCAGGGAAUGUCGGAUCCUCAAGAACUUCUCAUCUCUGAGAGCUAUCCUCUCUGCUCUGCAGUGUAACUCUCUCCACCGACUCAAGAAGACCUGGGAUGAGGUGUCCAGAGAGAAUUUCCGCACCUUCCGUGAGCUGUCAGAAAUCUUCUCGGAUGACAACAACUACUCUCUAAGCCGAGAGCUGUUGGUCAAGGAGGGCACCUCCAAAUUUGCCACCCUGGAGAUGAACCCUAAACGAGCACAGAGGAGACACCAGCAGCAGAGAGACUUGGGGGUGAUGCAGGGGACCAUUCCUUACCUGGGCACCUUCCUCACUGACCUGGUCAUGAUGGACACGGCUAUGAAAGACUUCACAGAGAGUGGACUUAUCAACUUUGAGAAGCGACGAAAGGAGUUUGAGGUGAUAGCUCAGAUUAAGCUUCUGCAGUUGGCGUCCAACAACUACAGUUUCACCCAGGACAGCCUCUUCAGGGAUUGGUUCUCAGAAGUGGAGAGACUCAGUGAGACAGAGAGCUACACUCUGUCCUGUGAGAUUGAACCGCUGUCUGAGUCUGCCAGCAACACUCUCAGAGCCAAGAAGAACGGGGGCAUCAUGAAACGCUGGAGCGAUCGGCAGUUAACUGAGGCCAGCUGCAGCAGUGCAGGAAGCUCCCACUCCAAGUCGUUUGACCAGUCCCACUUCAGACUGUACCAGGGAGGGGGAGUUGAUAGUGGGGACACCCUCAGCGUCACCUCAGCUGGCUCCAGCGGCUCUGACCUGGAGGAUGUCAACUCCAGCUUCCUGUCUGACUCACCGGACGCCCAAGAGAGAAAGAGCUCUACAUCCUCAGUAAAACAUUCAGCGUCUGCUUUGGGGAAAGAGUGGCAGACUCCUGAUCCCAACUUCACGUUUUGGGAGUCCACCUCCCUGUCAUCUCUAGACACCUCAGGGAUGGGUUCCGGUUCAGGCUCCAGCAGUGCUUCGUCCUCCUCGGUGUCCUCCUCCACUCCUCUCCCAGGCGCCUCCCACUCCCACAAGCGCUCAGUCUCAGCCGUAUCCUGCUACUCCACCCUUUCCCUGCCCCGCUACAACCAGCAGGUGGAUGACUGCUGCAUCAUCAGAGUCAGCCUGGAGGUGGACAACGGCAACAUGUACAAGAGCAUCCUGGUGACCAGUCAGGACAAGACGCCAGCAGUCAUCAGGAAAGCCAUGGUGAAACACAACCUGGAGCGAGAGAAAGCUGAGGACUAUGAGCUGAUGCAGAAAAUCUCUGAAGAAAAAGAGCUGCGGAUCCCAGACAAUGCCAACGUUUUCUAUGCCAUGAACUCUACCGCCAACUAUAACUUCGUGCUGAAGAAACGUACCUCAUCCAAGACAGGCCGGGCCAAGAGUGUAGCUAGCUCUACGCUGCCCCGCAUGAAGCAGAAGGGCCUGAAAAUUGCCAAAGGGAUCUUCUGAGGGCGAGUGCCCCAGCUCUCUGUCAGUCUUCUGGAUUAAGGCCCUCUAAAUCCACCUACACUAAAGUAUCUGAGAACUACACUAGAGAUGGAGCCUAGUGAAAAACAAGAACUGUCUGCAUGUAUCAUAAGCAGGCAGCAAAGCAGGAGAAGCAAUUACUGGUAUCAACACAAUUGUGUCCAGACCAGGACUCUCCAGACAAGCCUGAAGAGACUGAUGUCUUCUUGGCUCAGGACUUGAUUAUUGGGAGCUUAACAAUGUGCUGUCCCUAACCCUUCGUGCCUGAGUUUGUGGCAAUGGUGUUUACAGAUAUUUGGAAUAUCUGGUCAUGUUAAAUACUCUCUCUGACUCUGUGAUGAUAAGAGGGGUGUUAGUAAAUAUAGUAAAACAGGAGCACAAGGAACGUACAGAAAACUAAAGUGGCCUGGUGUGAUUAGAUAGAGAGGUGCUCCUUUGUAAGUUUGAAGAGUUUACUGCAGAUGCUGCCAUAUUGAAUAUAGGUUCAAGUCUGUGCCCAUUUCAGAGCAAACAAGGUGUGAAUAGUGUACACUCUAUUAAGAGCAGCCAAGAGACACAUCUUGUUAUAUUCAAUUAUAACCACUACAAGGAAGAAGGAUGUAGCAAUGGAGCUCAAUAUGCUCAAAAUAAACAUUAGAAAGAUUACAGAGAGUUAGGUGUAAAAUAAGAGAAAAACGUGAUAGAGAUACAGUAUUAUGGUAUUUAAGAAAUACCCAACUUCACAGCAUAAUAUCAGCAUUACUUUGCAAUGGACCUGUAUGUUUGACGAUGUUCCCAUUACAGUUAGGCUAUUGCUUUAGUUGUUUUUGCCACCAUUUCCUUUGCUAUGGGGCUGCUGCUAAAUGUACAUUUUCUAAAGGUCAAUAAUUCACCUUCAUUUAAGGGGCUCAGAGGACAGCAUUUCAUACCACCCUGUCCCUACUGGACUAUCUCUGUAUGGAAAACAAGGGUUUACAUCCCAGUACUGACAGUGGGAUAGUGGUAUCAUGUAUAAUCUGUAACUGCCUGAUGAUUCCCCUUAUGGCUGCCCAACCAUGCAAGAGGAGUUAAUAAUCCUCGCCUCAAAAGAAAGCAGUGCAUCAAACCCCAAAGCUUCUUCUUACUUACAAGCAGACAAGAGUGAGAGGAAUGACACCAACUCUGAAGUUAUUACAAGCAUGACAGUGGUCUUUUCAUGUCAUGGAAUAGACGACCAAAAAGUUGUCAUUUCACUGACAUUACAUGCCUUUAUUGCUCAGUGCUGUAUGCUGGUCCCAACCCCUUCAGUUGCUUUUUAAAUGUGUGUCCUUUCCUUGAUGACCAUGGUAGGACCAUAGAGAUGAGUAAUAGCAGCAUGGUAGAGACUCCCCCGUGAUGUUAAGAGUUCUUUUUGGGGGGACAUACAUAGCAUAAUGAUUGGUUAUCUCUUCUGGGCUGUGUCACUGAGGGUAUUCAAUUAAUGCUCCGGACUUCCCCGGGUGAACUGGGUUAGCUUUAAUUGCAUUAGUUUUGUAACCGGGUUGCCUCCUAGGAGUAAGCCAUGUACCCCGUUUUGGCCGAUGGCGAAGUUGGCUCUAAACAAAAGUGACGUAGGUUAAGCACAUGGUUUAAUGACUAGGAUUCUGUGUUUUCACAUGCAGAAGUGAUUGCUUUUGAUUUUUUUUAAAAGGCUUUAACUGCCUUCCCAAUGAAAACUAAUUAGAAGAUUCAAACAUAUUUUAUGGAAAAAGAGAUGUAUGUUUCUGAACGAUUCAUGAUGCUGCCUUGUUGACAACAUGACCGAGCGGCACAAAUUACAAUUCGAUUUGAGAAGGGUACUCCUCCCUCACCGCUUUGGCCCAUUCACGUCAUGGGCCAUAGCCUGGUGCACUUAAUCGAACUCCCUCACUGUGAUUUGUUCCCUUACACUGUGAUUGGGUCUUUGCCGAUUGCUCCGAUUGGCUCUCUUCUAUGCAGAGCACUGUGAACACACAUUCUCUCUCUGUCUCUCUCUCCAUUAUGACACAAUUAAAUGGGGAAAACUCAACCCUGACGGAGAAUAGAUAGAGGUCCACGUGGUGGUAGAAAAUAUUUCAGGCCAUGGAGAAAGGUGGCUGGUUUACCCCUUCCUAUAUGUACCAAAGAGAUGAGUAGAGUGGGUGAGGGAGGGAGGGAGGACGAGGGGUCUGUUACUCUCAAAAUACAUUGUUUGUUUUAUUUCUCUAUCACUUGCUUUUUCUCGGAGAGAUGGCCAUUUCUGAGUGUUAUGUUCUGAACACUACAACAACAUUCUAAGAACCUCAGAUACACUGUUCAAGCCUAGGUGGCAGUGUGGUUAUUACUGGUUACCCUUGGAGAAACUGAACCACUUAGCAACAGGAACUAAUUUGACUCUUGACAUUUGAAAUGGUUCAGUAUGUUUUAUGCUUUACCUAACUGUGUGUUUACUACCACUUGACUGAUCACUGAUUGUUUUGUGGUGUUAUUCAUCAUUUACUGGAGUCUGCUUUGCUUUACCUGGAAUGACUGGUCCUACUCUGCAUAUUACUUUGGCAGUAUCUGUUGCCAUUGCCAUUAUCAUAGAGUUAAAAACCUUUUAUAUGUAUUUGCGGUGUCUUGUCUCAUGAAAAUAUUAAGAUGUCAUAUGGAAUUGUCUUUGUUUAUAUAUUUGUUGACCUGGCAUUAUUUAUUGGUUUGUACAGAGAUUUUGCUAUGCAUUGUACAUUAUUUCCUCUUACGUAAUUAUAGAUUCAUAUAUAUACUCAUGUAUAUACAAAUAAACACUUAUGUUUACAAAA